AUGUCGGAAGCAGAUCAAGAGUGGAAGCCCAGUGGCCGUCCUACAUCGACCAUGGCCCAGGCCUUCUCAGCAUCCCUUGACAGCGCCUUCUCGCUGGAUUCCGAUGUCUCUCAUCUUUCGCAGACCAUCGACCAAAAGAGACAGCAGAUGAUGAUCCAGAACCGCGAAUUGGAAGAAUUGCAGCAGAGAAUCCGGGAGGCCGAAGAGCGAUUAAAAGCUCGCGAAUCCGGCGCUGUGGAAGACAAUUCGAAGAACACCGGACAGCGUGAUGGCGAAUCUCGUCCCGCAGGUGAGAUACAUUCCAUUUACACGUCCCAGGGUGGGAGGAAAUAG